AACUAUCACCAGUUAUGGAGAAGCCCUGCGAAGCCAACGGCCACAUUGACAAGUACCCUGAUUUCACAGUAUACCCAAUGGAGGAAACUGGCAAAGCUGCAAAGAAAAGUGCAGGGAGAAAAUGUGCUCAGUUCCUGAAGAAGAAUGCCAUUGUCAUCCUCACAGUAUCUGGAGUGCUGGUAGGGGUUGGACUGGGCACAGCAGUGAGGACCAUGAACUUGACCAAGGCUCAGAUGACCUACUUUGCCUUCCCUGGAGAGAUGCUGCUGAGGAUGCUGAAGAUGAUUAUUCUGCCACUGGUUGUGUGCAGCUUGAUCUCUGGGGCUGCCAGUCUGGAUACCAGGUCACUGGGCAAGUUGGGUGGCAUCGCUGUGGCUUACUUCUUGGUGACCACUCUCAUGGCUUCAGGGUUAGCUAUAGCCUUGGGCUUCAUAAUUAAACCAGGGGCUGGGGCAAGUGCUCUGAACUCUAAUGCCCUGGGCAUUGAAACCACUAUCAGCACCAAUAAGGAGACAGUGGACUCAUUCCUGGACCUUGCCAGAAACCUGAUGCCUGCAAACCUUGUUGCUGCAGCCUUUAGAUCGUACGCCACAGACUACAUAACCUACACAAGAAACACAACAAAUGGAAACAUUACCAUUGAACGGGUGCCCGUAGGUACAGAGGUUGAAGGGAUGAAUAUUUUGGGACUGGUUCUCUUUGCUCUUGUCCUGGGAGUGGCCUUGAAAAAAUUGGGACCAGAAGGGGAGGAGCUCAUCAGAUUUUUCAAUGCUUUUAAUGAAGCUACCAUGGUUCUUGUGUCUUGGAUUAUGUGGUAUGUCCCUAUUGGAAUUAUGUUCCUAGUUGGCAGCAAGAUUGUUGAGAUGGGAAAUGUUGUGCUUCUGGUGACCAGCCUUGGGAAGUACAUCAUAGCGUCUAUUCUGGGUCACAUUAUUCAUGGAGGAAUAGUACUUCCACUCAUCUAUUUCGCUUUUACACGCAAAAACCCCUUCACAUUCUUACUUGGGCUGAUAACUCCCUUUGCAACUGCUUUUGCAACAUCUUCAAGUUCUGCAACUCUCCCAACCAUGAUCAAAUACAUCGAAGAAAACAAUGGAGUGGACAAAAGAAUUAGCCGGUUCAUCCUACCUAUUGGAGCAACAGUGAACAUGGAUGGUGCAGCAAUCUUUCAAUGUAUGGCAGCUGUAUUCAUUGCCCAGAUGAACAACACUGACCUAAACGCUGGACAGAUCUUCACUAUUCUUGUGACAGCAACAGCCUCAAGUGUGGGAGCAGCUGGAAUUCCUGCAGGAGGUGUCCUUACUAUCGCUAUUAUUCUAGAGGCGAUUGGUCUUCCCACAAAUGACUUGUCUCUCAUCCUGGCGGUAGAUUGGAUAGUUGACCGGACAACUACAGUAGUAAAUGUUGAAGGAGAUGCACUUGGAGCAGGAAUUCUUCAUCAUCUCAACCAGAAGGAAAUGGCAAAGAAUCAACAGGAGCUGAAUGAUGUUUACGUUGAGGCUGUGCCAAACUGCAAGUCAGAAGAAGAAACGUCACCUCUUGUAAUGCACAGAGACCAAACCUCAAACCCCACAAACAUGGCUCUACCAGAAUCAAAAGAAUCUGUACUGUGAUGUGCCACGUCAUGCUGCUGUUUUGAUUAGACUGAGGGUCGGUUCUUUAGACCAGAUAUUGCUCACUGCCAGUAUGGGCUGCUAGAGCCUAGAAUAGUGACUCCUUCCUAUAUCCACAGGAGUUAUUCUUUAAAUUCCAAACCACUAAUAAGCAAA